UCCAGAAGCUCUUUUAGUCAGAGAAAUGAUUUAUAAACGUUACAAUUAAUUUUGUUCACGCCGUUGAAUAUACAGAGGUGAAACUCUGUUCUUCCGUAUUUUUUCACACCGCAGUGAAUUAAAAGUAUGACACAUUGAUAAAUAACUUUCAUUGAACGUAAUCGUGUAUAUUUAUCUGAAGAAGUUAGCGCUGAGACUUUUGAAUAAAUUGCGUAUUGUGCGCGCCGUAUGAAAAAAAGUAGAAAUUACCAGUGACGAAAUCAACUAAAAGUGUUGGAGAAGCAAUAAGUGAUCCGAAAUAAAAGCCUAAGCGCACGUCGACAGAAUGGCGGAGCCCAGCAGCGAGGAGCCGUCUCCGUUAGACAAGGUCUUUCCGGCUAGUCCGAACUCCGCCGUCCACAACAACAACACCACCACGGUGAACCACAACAAUACCCGCAACAGACGCGUCCAGCUCGAGCGCAGCUCCAGCAGCAUUCAGUUCCCGGCCUCGGCGAUGGCCCUGGCGCACAAAUCCAAGACCUCGUCCAACCUGCUGACGGGCCGCUGCCUCAGCAGCAGCAACUGCAGCAGCACCACGCGCCGUGUCUCCCUGCCCUCGACCGAGGAUCCGACCUGGGUGGGCGAGGACCGCUGCAUGGAGUACGGCACGCCGCCGCCCAUCGAGGAGCCCCACUGCUACUCCAUGUGCCUCAGCGAGAGCUCCUUCAGCGAGGAGAGCAGCUGCGCCGUCCAGAUCAACAGGGACUACCUCAAGGGCCUGCUCGUCGAGCACACCCGGACUCUCGGCUGCAGACUCUUGGUCGUGGAGGAGCUGGAGGCCGGCAAGCUCGACCUGGCCAGCGCCGACAAGUAUCUCGAGGGCUGCAAGAAGCCGCAGGAGCUGAACGCGCUGCUGCUCUACGCGAGCUUCCUCGGCUUCGGCGAGCUGAUACCGAUCGUCCACAACCACGGCGCCGAUCUGAACCACUCCGAGCCGGAGCUGGGCAUGACCGCCCUGCACCUUUGCGCCUUUAGCAACUGCCUCUCCGGCGUGCGCUACCUGCUCGGCCACAACGUCCACGUCGGCUCCAAGAAGGCCCACACGCCGUACCACUUCGCCGCGUUCGGCAACGCGAUAGACGUGGCCAAGUUCUUCGCGCAGCUCGGCUGGAGCCAGGAGUCGCCGCUCGGCGAAGAGACGGUCCUCCACGCGGCGGCCCGUAACAACGCCCUCGACGUGCUCCGGCUGCUCGCGCCGAAGAACCCCACCUUGAAUCGGCUGGACAGCGCUGGCUACGCGGCGAUACACUACGCGGCCGAGCGCGGCGACUCCGGCUGCCUCAAAGUGCUGCUCGCCGCGGGCUGUCUGGUCAACGUGUCGACGAGGAAGGGCGAGACGGCGCUCCAUCUCAGCGCGGAGGCCGGAUGCGCCGAGAGCCUCGAGCUCCUGCUCGCCAAGGGCGCCAAUCCGGCAGUCAGGAACAGGAGGGGCCAGACGGCCCUGCACCUGGCCGCGAGGACUCACUCACUGGAGUGCGUGGAAGCACUGCUCCAGCACAGCCGCAGCGAGCCCAACGCGGAGGACCACGACGGCAGGACGCCGCUGCACGUCGCCCUCGGCAGGUCGCUGCUGGCCUACGACGUCACCGAGAUGCUCAUCAGCUGGAAGGCCCAGGUGAACAAGCCCGACAAGUACGGGUACACGCCCCUCCACGUGGCCGCCCUCAACGAGCUCUCCCAGUGCGUCGACAUCCUCAUACAGCACGGAGCGGAUCUGAGCGCGAAGACCAAGGGUGGAACCAGCGCGCUGUCGAUCAUUCUGAGAAAGACCCCGUCGUCGCUGAACUGCUUCAAGCAGAGGCUGGACGCUUCAAUCAGCAUGCAUCAGCACGGUUCCGCCGCCGGCGAGGUCGAGCUGAGGUUGGACUUUCAUCCGCUGCUUCAACAUCAGCAGCAGGGAGAAAUCGGCUACCUGGGAACGUUCGUGAAGGAGGGCUACAAGGAGAUACUGGAGCAUCCGCUGUGUCAGUCGUUUCUGCACCUCAAGUGGCAAAAGAUCAGAAAGUACUACGUCGGUAGGCUUCUCUUCUACCUUCUCUACGUCUUAGUUCUCACGGCGUGGGUGAUAACUGCUCUGGCGCACAACUGCUACAACGAGUCCCACGGUCAGCUCGACAAUUCGAGCCGUCCCCUCUGCGCCAAUUCCACAGGCCUCAACGGCUUCCUGUACAGGCAUCCCGUCGUCCUGGAAGUCGAAUGGUACGCCCUCGUGGUCCUGACUGUACUCGAGGGUUUGCGCAAGCUCAUGGGCAUCCUGACCUACUCCACCGUCCGACAGUUCUUCACUCAAGCCGAGAACAUGGUCGAGUGGUGCGUGAUCGUUAGCGUGUUCGCAACGUCGUUCGUCUACACCGGCAGGACCUACACUUGGCAGAGCCACGUGGGCGCCUUUGCCGUGCUCUGCGGCUGGAGCAACCUCAUGCUGAUGAUCGGGCAGCUGCCCAUGUUCGGAGCUUACGUCGCUAUGUUCACCAGUGUCCAGGCGCAGGUUUUUAAACUCCUGCUGGCUUAUGCUUGCCUACUGGUAGGUUUCACGGCGAGCUUCUGCGUGAUAUUCCCUCGGUCCAAGUCGUUCAGCAGUCCGCACACGGGUCUAAUCAAGGUGCUGGUCAUGAUGACCGGAGAGUUGGACUUCGAGGAAUUGUUCUUCCCAGGCGAGGAAGAAGGCGGCCGGCCCGUCGACGUCGGUGGCACCUCCUGGAUCCUCCUCCAAGUUUCCGCUCAACUGUCCUUCGUCCUCUUCCUUCUCUUCGUCACCAUUGUCCUCAUGAACCUACUGGUUGGUAUCGCCGUGCACGACAUCAAGGGCCUGCAAAAAACGGCAGGUUUGGCGAAGCUGGUAAGACAGACGAAGCUGAUCUGCGACCUGGAGACGGCAUUGUUCCUCGGCCUACUACCGCAAUGCUUGAUGAAGGUGCUGAGGUGGACAGCGCUGGUGCUGCCCUCACCGCUGAAGGCCGUGCUGACCGUGAGACCGCUGAACCCGCGCGAGAAGCGACUGCCCCGGGACGUCCUUGCCGGUGCUUACAAAGUCGCUCGCGAGCGCAAGGGCAACCUACUGAAUUCCACGCUGUCGAGCAAGCGGAGCAACAAUAGCACGAUCUACGGAUACCAGAAAUUCGAUCUGAAUGCUUCGGUGAGGAGAAGGACGAACAUGAACGAAGAACCGGCGACGACGCUGGAGGAGGCGGCGAGGCUCAAGGAGGAGGUGGCAGAGCUCAGGAAGAUCUGCGAAAGCAAUAACCUGCUCAUACAGGAGCUGGUCAAGAGCUUUACUUUUGGCAAGUGACCGUGGGAGAGGUUGUUAGCCUGGCGUUGGGAAGGGUCGCCGACGCGGUGAAAGUUAUUGCGAGAGAGAAAGGAAAGGGCUAUACUAUGUAGCGGCAGGGCCGUCGAAUGUUGUACAAACAAACAGUGGAGAUUAUUUUGAUAGUUUUUAAGAGAUACAUUUUAGUUGUUGUUGACUUUUGUCUUUAUUUUAUGAAAAAGAUUCGUUAAUAUCAAGUUGCUAUUACUUCGUGCUUUGCUAUAUCUCAGUACCGAGAAUGCUGCUAUAUUUUCGAUCGCGGUCAAUAAUGUACGCGCUUUUAUUUUUGCUAUUAUUUUUUCAUAACAUCGAUAUUGAUUAGAGUUAACUUUGUACAGUGUAAAUAUUCGAUCGAAGUAGUUGGAUUUCAAUAGGUGCUCGAUUGAUUUCUUUAACAAUUUGUUUUUACUAAGACUUUAGAAUUUCGUACAUUUUUUUAAUUUUCUUACCAGGCAAUGCAUUGAAAUCCAAACAUCAUUUUCUAAAUCAAGGGUUCACAUGUGAGAUUAAACAAAUAAUGCAAAAAUCUUGUAUAAGUAAUGAAGGUUUUAAAAAUUAUGUAUAAGUUUCGGAAGAGCAAUAAGUUGAGCCUCUUGUUAUUUUGUAGAUUUUCGGAAAAGAUUUAGACGAUCUAGGUUAUGAUAACUUUAAUUUUAUUUUUUGUAAUUCUCGUAACAUUCACAAUAGGUAUAGUGAGUAUUUUUUAUUUAACUUUUAUAGAAUAUACAAUCUAGACGCGACGGCAUCGAUGACAUUUUUUCCCUACCAAUAAUACUUGACAUCUGUUACGUUGUCUAAUGAAAGAUUAUUCUUGAUUAUUAUAUUGUAACAUAAUAAAUAGUAGUCAAGAUAAAAGGAAAUUAAAUAAUAAACAUAAAGUGAUGAGAGUAUGCAGUUUCAUCCUUUUCGUCGAUGCGCAUCUUAUAUACAUAUACAUACAAAGUCGUUAUGCCGAAUCUAAUUUUAAGCAAUUGAGCCUAAGUGUAAUACGAGUGUCGGAGGGUCAAUUGCGUCAGAUUAUAGAAAAAGACGAAAGGUUAUAUACAUGAUUUUAGUUAUUAUGUCACGUAAAAUUGUCAACUCAGAAAGCAGCUUUUGAAAAUUUUUAUACAGAUAUUUAGGAGUCGAAAGUGCCAUUUUUACAGCGUUUUUAUAUAUUAAAAAAUUUUUAACAAAAUUUUAAUGCUUGUUACUCUGAUAAAUAUUUUAUGGAAGUUGUAAACAUAUGCUUAGUGUUAUUGACAUAAAUAUGUCUUAGCACACAUUAUGGACUCGAAAGUUGCAUGGGACCUGAGCUGUUAUUAUAACAUAAAUAAACAUAUAUAUGUUUAUUAUAAGUGUAGAUAAUGAAUAAAAUGCGUUUCUAUAUUA